GCCGUCUUGUGGCCCUAUGCGUUUAGCAUCCAAAAGCUUAAAGGAUUUAGUGACCGCUUGCAUUUGCACCUUGUCAGUUUCACUUCAUUUCAUCGAUGUUGGAAUAUUUAGUGUGGUGUGGCUUGGUCAAGUGUAGGCCUAUUAUCUUCUCUUUUAGCCGAUGUCGUAUUUCCCUUCUGUGUCUGGUUCUGUUAUGGUCAAUGUCACUCGUUUGUUAGCCUUCUCGAGCGCAUCAAUGAACUGGAGUAAUCCGGUUUCUUGUCGCAUCAUGGGUGCUCCCAUUGCUUGGAUGAGAGCGCAGGCAACACUAAAAAAAUAAUCUUAUUCCCCCGCAUAGACUAACCUUGAAGCCUGUCGGGAGAGCACACGAAACGACCAAAAUGAGUACUGAAGUGGACUUGAAAGACGUGGAGCUGAAUGAAGUGGACCAGGAGAAGCAACCCAUGACCGGUGGAGAUACAGGGAACGGAGAUGCCAGCUCUCCGACCGUGACUGAGAAAAAUGGCAUGGUUUCUCUGACGAUACCAAAAGACCAGGAGAGCAAAUUCACCGGGCUGUCUAAAGAUGAACUCAUUCAAGUGGCUGGCACCCCUGGUUGGGUACGGACUCGAUGGGCUUUGCUCAUUCUGUUCUGGUUGGGCUGGCUGGGGAUGCUUGCCGGGGCUAUCGGCAUUAUCAUCCAGGCUCCCCGCUGUAAACCUCUCCCGGAAAUGAACUGGUGGAAUCAAGGACCAAUGUAUGAGAUUGGCGAUGUGGCAGCGUUCUCGAAUGACCUGGAAGGCCUUAAGGGCAAGGUUGAUUCUCUGAGCCAGCUGAAGGUGAAGGGCCUGGUGGUGGGGCCCAUCCACAAAGCCCCCACGGACGACAUCGCAGAGCUGGACCUGAACUCCAUGGCUGUGUCCGGGGACCUGGUUCCGUUCAAGGCCCUGCUCGAGGCCGCUCACAAGAAGAGUAUGAAGGUGGUUCUGGACCUGACCCCCAACUAUCAGGGGCAGCAGCGCUGGUUUGACAACUUGAUGGGUGCUGCUGAGAAGCUCAAGGUGGCCCUGGUUCACUGGCAGAAGCAAGGUGUGGAUGGCUUUAAGCUGUCCGGGUUUGAGAGGGUGUUCUCCCUCAACUCCACGCUGUGGGAUGACAUCCGUACCAUUGCGCUACAGCCCCAGGAAGACAAAGAGGGCAAGGAGAAGGAGAGAAGUGCGCUCUUCGGUGUGACUGAGAAGACCUCGGCCGAGGAGGUGGGCACUCUUCUGAACAGCUCCGGCGUGGACCUGCUGCUCUCGGGCGUGUUGCGCGCCGCCAACACCAACCAGAGCGGGCAGCUGCUGGCCGACGCGGUGGAGAAGCUCUACGGCACCCUGAACCAGACCAAGCUGGCGUGGGGCAUCUCGGACCGCGAGCAGGGCCAUCUGGCCACACUUCUGGGCAGCAGCGGCAGCGGCCCCGUCAAGUUCUACCAGACGCUGCUGUUCACUCUGCCCGGCACGCCCAUCUUCAACUACGGCGACGAGAUCGGCCUGGAGGAUACGGCCAGUAGCAAGUCCCCAAAGAUGGUCUGGUAUUCUGAUGAAGAUGCUGAGAAACUGAAUGGAACAGAUAAGGCUGAGAUGGAGGAGCGCCUGUCGGUGCGCAAGGUCUUCAAGGCGCUGAGCGAGCUGCGCUCCAAGGAGCGUUCCCUGCUGCACGGGGACUACAUCCCGUUGGCCAGCAGCGGCUCCACGCUGGCCUACCUGCGCAGCUGGGACCAGAGCGACCGCUACACGGCCGUCUUCAACUGGGGGCCCGACGAGGCCACUUUUAAUCUGAAGCACGAGCAGCUGCCCCCGCAGGCCAAGGUGUGCGUCAGCACGGAUUCCACGCUCUCUGACAUGGUAGACCUGCAGGGUCUGAAGCUGGCCGCGGGCCAGGCCGUGUUGCUGAAGACGCCCUACCUGGGCUAGGGGGUUUUAACACCACUGUUUUUAGCGUCUAUGGUGGAGCAUGAAGACAUGCAGGAUUUUUUUCCCCCUCGUUUUUAAUUUAAGUACCUUUUUUUCCCCCCUCUCUUUUGUACUGUGGGCAUUCUGUUACUUUGGUUUUGGUUUUAUGUUACCUGAUUUUAAAACUACUCAAUGCACUGUGUUAAAACACUAUUUGAGUUUUUCCCCCUUUUUUAAAUGUUGUGAAAAAGCUGAUGCUUGGCAAAAUGUUUGUUGUGAACCAUGCACACUAUCCUCAAACAACUACGAUCCCCCACCUGCAACGGUGUUACCUCAGUUGUGGCGUAGAUCUCAAUCUGCACAUUCAAUGUACUGUUGUGUUAUACAUUCCAUUGUUGUUUAACUGCCCGGGGGGCUGUUCAAUGGUUGCUCCAUUGUGGUAGUGUAUUCUAUUUGGUGUGGAAGACUUUGGGCAUGUCCAAACUAAUCGAUCCACUGGGUCGUCAUACUGCCUCUUAAAGACCCGCUCAAUCUGUCAACUUUAAAUUAGUCCAGACUGCCCAUUUUAAGAAGGCGAGUGCCACACAGCUGAAGUCAUUCGUUUUGAAGAAUCGUGGGUUGCUCUUGUGGAAUAUUGUCUCUAGUUUGGCCAAAAGUGAUGUUCUGGUGAUGUAUUCAAACACCCCCCUCGUCCACCAUGCAAUGUCAAAUUAAAUAUGCCAGUGACUCAGUCAUGUGCUAAUGCAAUCCAGUUUUCUCCUCUCUUGAAAAAACAAAACCCUGCAUGAAAAUGCCAAGGAGGGAGAAUAAAAAGAAACAAACUCAUUAAAG